AUUGUCUCUGCCACAUCUCAAACCUCUCCUUUGUUGCUCCACCACCACAUUCACAGAAAGAGAAAGAGAGAGAGAGAGAGAAUUGAGAUCGAAGAAGGAAAAUCUUAUUAUUAUUAUUAUUUUUUUACCAACCCCGAAGAUUUUACGAGGAGAACGUGGCGGAAACAGUGUAAUUGAACCCGGUAAACAGUUACAGAGCCAAAAAGAAGCUGCUUUGUUGUGUUAAAAUCUGUAUUGGCAGUGUAACUUUUAGACCCACCAACAUGGAAGACCCGCCAUUGAUGAAAGCUUCGAAAUCUGCUUAAAGCAACAGUUCUUUUACCAAAGCAAACCCAAAACAGAGAAAGAAAUAAAGAAAAAAGAAAAAAAAAAAAAAACAGAUCUUUCGAUUUUCAAAAGCAUUUUCUCUGCUUUUGGCUUGCAAAAUCAAGACGCACCGCUGGUGAUCAAACUGUGAGAGAGAGAGAGAGAGAGCAAGAUGGGUUGCUGUUACUCUAGGAUUGAGAGAGAAGAGACAGUGUCUAGGUGCAAAUCAAGACAGAGAUACAUGAAACAGCUUGUGAAGGCAAGGCAAGCUUUAUCUGCAGCUCACAGCAUGUACCUGCAUUCGCUUCGAAGUACUGGCUCUGCUCUGCUUCAAUUCGCUAAUGCCGAAACCAAUCUCCAUCACCACCACCACCACAAACACCAUCUCCCGCCGGUCCUCCCCUCUCCGGCGCCGCAAACCCCGCCGCCUCCUCCACCUCCUCCGGCCCCAUUGAGCCCCAGCUCCGACACGUGGACUUCGGUCACGGCCUCCUCCCCUGCUCUUCCGCCUCCGCCGCCGCCGCCUCCGUCGUCUUCCGCUUGGGAUUUCUGGGACCCAUUUGUGCCUUCUUCUUCCAGGUCGGUGACGGAGGAGGAAUGGGAGGCCACCACCACCGCAUCGGAGGCCGUGGUCACCGUCACCGGUGCGGCCAGUACGGCAGCACCACCUUCGGUGGUCAGUGGAUUUUCCAAGGAAAGUUCGAGCGAGCUUGCUAUGGUGGUUUCGAGGAACAGUAGCAAAGAUCUGGUUGAGAUUAUCAAGGAGCUUCAUGAGUAUUUGCUCAAGGCUGCUGAUGCUGGUGCUCAGAUGUCUUCGCUCUUGGAAGUUCCGAGUGUUGGUUUUUCUUGUCAGAGUAAAGGGGAUAAAGUUUACAACCAUGGAUGGAGUUCGAGUCCAUCUGCUCUGUGGACAUGGGGAUCGAGUAGCCCCAAGUUGAACGGAUAUGGAAAAAUGGGGGAUGAAUUGGUCAAAAGUAAUUUAGGGAGUGGGGUUGGAAAUAUUAUCAAUAGCAGCCAUUGUUCCACUGUGGAGAGGCUUUAUGCUUGGGAAAAGAAAUUGUAUGAGGAAGUGAAGGCUGCUGAGACCAUAAAGGUAGAGCAUGAGAAAAAAGUGACAACUUUGAAGAAGCUACAGAUGAAGAGGGCGGACUAUAUGAAAACUGAGAAAACAAAGAAAGAAGUGGAAAAAUGUGAGUCACAAAUGAUGGUUGCUUCGCAAGCCAUUGAAACAACAUCUAUGGAAAUCAUCAAACUGAGGGAGACCGAGCUAUACCCUCAGCUUGUUGAGCUUGUUAAAGGAUUGAUGUGUAUGUGGAGAAGCAUGUAUGAGUGCCACCAGGUUCAGAAGCAUAUUGUUCAGCAACUCAAAUACCUCAACAUUAUCCCAUCUGCCGAACCUACUUCCGAGAUUCACAGGCAAUCAACUCUUCAGCUUGAGCUUGAAGUCCAACAAUGGCACAUGUCCUUCUGCAAUUUAGUUAAGGCCCAACGUGACUAUAUCCAGUCCCUCACUGGCUGGCUCCAUCUUAGCCUAUUCCAAUUUAGCAGAAACCCACUAUCAAGAACUGGUCAAGAAUCAAAGAUUUACUCGCUAUGUGAAGAAUGGAAGCUCACAGUUGAUCGUAUUCCAGAUAAAGUAGCAUCUGAUGGAAUCAAGAGCUUCUUGACUGUGAUACAUGCCAUUGUUGUUCAACAAGCUGAUGAAAAUAAACAGAAGAAGAAGUCAGAAUCGGUAUUUAAAGAUCUUGAGAAGAAAGUGGUGUUGCUUAGAUCACUCGAAUGCAAGUAUGGUCCAUAUUCGAUGCCUGAUUCCUCUGGAUCAUCAGGAAAGAACCCGGUUGCAGAGAAGAGAGUGAAAGUGGAAAUUCUGAGAGCAAAAGCAGAGGAGGAGAAAACGAAGCAUGAAAAAUCAGUGUGUGUGACAAGAGCAAAGACACUAAAUAACUUGCAGAUGGGGUUGCCUCAUGUUUUCGAGGCCAUGGUUGGAUUUUCUAGUGUGUGUAUGCAUGCUUACGAGGCGGUAUACAACCAAUCAAAAGGUGCUGAUCAGGAGCAUGAUGUGAAAAGGAUACUACCUUGAGAAAAAAGAAAUUUAGGUGUUUUAGGAAGAAACAAGUUGUUUUCUUUUUGUGUAUAGACAUGUGGAUUGUUGCCAGCAAGAUUUUCACCUCUUCAGCAUCAUUUUGACACAAUUUUAAGAUGCAAAACAGACUGAGGGAUGCGGCCUCUGGCAAAUUGUGUUACUAAUGGAAGUUUACUUGGAAAUGGCGCAAUUGGUUUGGUACAAAGUGUUACAGAGUAGUUUGAAAUAUGAUUCAGAGCUUGGAACUUCGAGUUAUUUUUCAUAACUUGUUUGGUUUUGUCAUAGGAAAAUAUGUGAAUUCUCUUUUAACCA